GUGUGUGCGCUCGUGUUGAUUGGCUGCCCAGCGGUGACCCCAGGGUACAUUUCCCUAGCCUCGAACCGUCCCGCGCUCCCCGCAGUUCUUCCACUUCCCCUCGGUGCAGCCCGGCAGGUCCACCACGCUUUCGACCCGCAGCAGGAUGACGUGUGAAGUCCACAGCGGCGCCGUGGAACAGGAGCAGGCCCGAGACUCCGAGGGCAGAGUUGUGAGGAGAGACGGUGUGCUUCGCUCCGUGCUGCGCGGCAUCUUCUGGCCAUUUGGCAUCGUGGUGCGUGCGUACCGCGGGGUUUGGUGGGUGCUGGGCUUCCAGCAGCCGAGAGAGGAGGCCCUCGUCAGCCCCGCGGCUCCCAGUCCCGCACGCCAGAGCCUCGCCGGCCGCAAGCGCCUGCACCGGGUCACACGCCUGCUGCUGUCCGUCCUGCCCCGCUGGCUGCAGGGCGCCAUGGGCUACCCGGUUUCCAGCAGCAUUGGACGGUCCCUCUCCCCCGAAAUCCGAGUCUCUCCCACUAAACCUUGUGGAAAAGGCAGCAAGAGGAAGCAGGAUGAGUUGGAUGAGGACGAGGAAGAAGAGGAGCAUCCCACCUGGGUGGAGGCCCUCAAUCAGGAGCUGGCUGACGACGAGGACCCUGAGGAGGAUCCAGACUAUGAGCCCAGUUCUGUUGAGACGGAGAGUGAAGAGUACCGCUCGCACAACAAUACGGAAAGCGACAUUGAGGUUCAGGGGAAAAUCGUAAUUGAAGAUGUAAACGUGGAUAUUGAUCCAUCCACUCCAGCUGAAGUCUCUUGUCCUCCUGUUUAGUGUCAUUGACUGUUUUCAAUAUUUUUGUAAGUUUCUAAUUAAUAACAAUAAAACGUUGUCCUUUGCCUUGACGUAGCUGUGUUCUCCCACUAGAUGUCAGUAACGAUAUGCGUGUUUUGCAAUGGAAAUAUGGUAAAAUGCUUCAGUAAUUUGCAUUGGUUUAUUUUAUGCAGUUAGUUUGCUUUCAAUUUGUGAAAGUUGCAUUAAAGUUGUUAAAACCGA